UGUCUCUGUUUCCGACUCAAAAUUCCCUGUUUCAUUUCCCAAUCACCCAUGGCCUUUGACGCCUCGAUACCCGAAGCUAACCUCGCCAACGCCAAGGCCAUUCUUACCGCCGCCGCCUCCUUCGCUGCCACCGCCGUCUUGGUUCGCUCCAUCGCCAACGACUUACUCCCCCCCCAACUCCGUGAAUAUUUCUACGAUGGCUUUCGAAACAUCUUCACCCGAUUCUCCUUCCAACUCACCAUGGUCAUCGACGAGAUGGACGGCCUCGGCCCCAACCAAAUCUACGAAGCUGCCGAGACCUAUUUAGCCACCAAAAUCUCCCCCUCCACUACCAGACUCAAAGUCAGCAAACCCGAGAAGGAAGAUAACAUCACCACCGCCGUUGAAAGAAACGAGGAAGUAAUCGAUACCUUCAAUGGCGUCAAAUUCCACUGGAUCCUUGUCUGUGAUGAAGUCCAGAGGGAAAAUUUCCACAAUCCCCGUUCCCCUUACAGAUCCAUCAUCCGAUCUUUCGAGCUCUGUUUUCACAAGAAACACAGAGAAAUGGUUCUCAAAUCCUAUUUGCCCUACAUUCUCCACCAGGCCAAAGAACUGAAACAGCAGACUAAAACCCUCAAGAUUUUCGCCGUUGACUACCAGAACAUGUACGGCAGCAUCUCCGAUUUAUGGAUUCCGACCAAUUUAGACCACCCUUCCACGUUCGAGAAGCUCGCCAUGGACUCGGAAAUCAAGGAUUUCAUUGUGAGUGAUCUCGAACGGUUCGUGAAGAGGAAAGAGUUUUACAGGAAGGUGGGUAAGGCCUGGAAGAGAGGGUAUUUGUUGUACGGUCCCCCAGGAACAGGGAAAUCGAGCUUGAUUGCAGCAAUGGCUAAUUACCUGAAAUUCGAUGUGUAUGAUUUGGAAUUAGCGGGAGUAGAAUGCAAUUCGGAUCUCCGGAAAUUGCUAAUGGGAAUUGCGAACCGUUCGAUUCUAGUGGUGGAGGAUAUUGAUUGUUCGAUUGAGUUUCAAGAUCGAGAGUCGGAAAAUGAAGAAGACCCAUCAACUGCGAGGAGAAGAAGACUGGUGACGUUAUCGGGUUUGUUGAAUUUCAUUGACGGACUAUGGUCGAGCUGCGGCGACGAGAGGAUUAUUAUAUUCACGACGAACCAUAAAGAGAAGCUGGAUCCGGCAUUGCUCCGGCCGGGAAGAAUGGAUGUUCAUAUUCACAUGUCGUAUUGCACCCCAUGUGGAUUUAGGCUUCUGGCGUCCAAUUACCUUGGGAUUGAGAACCAUGAAUUUUUUGGUGAGAUUGAGGGAUUGAUUUCCAGUGCUAAAGUGACUCCGGCGGCGGUGGCGGAGCAGCUGCUGAAAGACGACGACGGUAACAAAUCAUUGAGGGAUUUGAUUGAAUUUCUCAACGUCAAAAUGAGGGAAAAUGAAGAAGCUGAGGCGGCUGAAAUUCGUAAAGCUGAACUGGAAGCUCGAGAAAAGGAGAAGGAAGUGAAGAAAGAAGGGGAAGAAAAUGGUAUAGUAGCUUCAACUGUGAAGUAAUCUUUUCCGGUGACCGCGAUGAUGACGACGACGAAGAACAUUUUUACUCAUUUACCCCUCACUAUGUUCAAAUUAAUUAAUUGUAUUUUUUUUAUAGAAGAGAAAAUACCUUAACACUAAGAUAUGUUGAAAUUGAAACUUGUAUUAUUAUUAUUCUAUUGUUUUCAAGUUCAUUAAUUUAAUGUAGUGAAUAAUAAAUUA